AUGUCUAAACCAUCUAUACCAACUGAAAACUCUCCUGUUGAUCUUACUAAUGAAAAUAUUUCUGCACCUACACCUUCACAAACUAAUAGUACUUCUAUCAUUACUACUUCCAUCUUGCAAAUUAAUGAUGACAUUCUUAAUAUGAAACAACAGAUUAUCAAAUUGAAAAAAAAAAAAAAAGAAUUAAAAAAUGAAUUAAUCGAAACUAAAGAAGAAUUGAAAGCAAAACAUUUGAAAAAAAAAUUUAAACAAUAUAAAUUAAAUGAAUAA